AUGAAAUUCACGCACCUUUUCUGUCUAAUUUCUGUGCUGUCUUCUGGGGCCUCAGCUCAGAACUUCAGUAAUCUCUCGACUCCUGAUGCACCGGCUUCUUCCGUUGCCAGGCCACCGGCACCCGCCAGCUCUCAAGAACCAGCCGCCUCACCAGCCGCAAGCAGUGGGCCCGACAACCCGCCAGAGGCAUCUUCCGUAGUAAGACCUCCCACAUCAGAAGCUCGUCCAAUCUCAGCACCGCCUUCAAUACAAAUAAUAAAGCCCUCAUCAGAGAACCCAGCGGUAACACCAAAGAUUGCUUCGGCAUCAUCUGGCGCGUCUGUAUCACCGAAUUCCCCAAAAGAGGCGGCUUCGUCAACCCAAGUCACUUUGUCUGGCCAACCGGCUCCGACUAGAGACGCAUCGAAUUCGGGAGAGGCUGCUUCCUCCAGAGUAAUCGUCCAAACUGCAGGACCUUCGGCUAGCGUUCCAAAGUCGAACACAGCUCAGCGCACUCAAGUACAGUCUGAUGCCCCAAGGGUUUCUGGCGGCUCGACAUUCGUCCAAGUUCAGGGGACGGGAACCACCACGGCUGCUGCGAUUCAGGCUUCUGGUACCCAAGGAAUAAAUAUCCCAGGUGACGAUUCAUCGAGCCAAGUGUCCGGCACCGGCUCUCUCGGGGCUAGUCAAGCUACCUAUACAAUCUCGUCGCCGGAACUGGCCACUACAGCCUCCUUUGCCGCCCAACCAUCCGACAGCUUCCAAGGUGUCAACGAGACCUCGAUCCUGGCGGUUCCGGAGUCAGGAACUGCCACACCUCCGGAUAAGUCAACCAUACAGCAAUUCCAGGCCGAGCUCAAUGCCAACAUUCCGGCAAAGUCGAUAAACAACAACAAUGCCAGGGCACUUGCUAUCCUCGAGACAGCCUACUUUGAAUACUUUGCCAAAAAGGAUCCUGCACCUGUCGAUAUGGGGAAGAUCUCCAUUCCGGCCAACAUCUCAGAGUGCCAGAAUCUGUACUCUCGGAGGCUAGCGAAGAGAAAGGGCCUCGUGGAUGAGCUACUGGACUGGGUACCUCUAGCCUCGAGAGACCUCCGUGGUUUCAGCAACUGCAAAGCAGUUGACGCCAUGGAGGUUGGAGUGUACUUCCACUACAUGAGGGCCUCGUCAACGGCCGCUCGGCCAAACGAGUUAGAGGCCAGAGUGAAGUCACAGGUCGAUGUCUUGAAUGAAGCGUUGGGCGCAGUGAGGAUCAACUUUCGCUUCAUGGCACUCAACUGGUGGGAGCCAAAAGCAAACGAGGACUGGUCAAAGGUCACAAGGCGUGAGAGUAAACUCCUAGACUGGCAACGUCGGACGCGCGCCCCUGGAAAAUUGACAUUAACCGUCUGGAUUGUGAAUGGGCUCCGGAGCACUGAUAAGAACGACCAGGAGCUCAACAGCUACGUCACUUUUCCGAAUCAAGAGCUUGAUGAAGUAGACGGUAUCGUCAUUGAAGAGACGCAUGUUCAGGGAGGAGACGCUACGACUCUUGUUCACGACGUGGGCCACUGGUUCGGUCUCGGCCACACGUUCAAUGAAAUCGGCCAGCAGUGUCUCAUCCAAGACGGCUUGACCAACGCCACACAGACCUCGGGUAAUCAAGACGUCGUGUACCAAUGCUCACAGGUGACUUGUGCCGGCGGCUCACCGGUUGACAUCAACAAUUAUAUGAGUUACUCCUCGUGCCGUGGCCAGAUUCCACAGAACGGCUUCACCACAGAUCAAAAGGCGCGGAUGUUUGCCAACGCGCUUGAAUUCCGGCGCGGGUACGAGCCGGGAGAGUGCAUGCCGGACGGAAAGGCGUCAGUGAGGAAGAGGUCCAGCAUGCAAGACCUCCUUGAUGGAAAGUGUCCGGAUAUCAGCAAACAGGCAAACAUUCUCACGAAUACCCCGUAUAGCUUGGGUGUCACCCUCUUUGGGCCUUCAGCGGAGAAUCUUGUGAUUGUUGCCUGGGUUUGGGCUGCUGUGCUGUGGGUCAUCUAA